AUGUCUGACUUCCUUUCAUUUAUUUCACCCAAGAAAUCUUUAAAUUUCAGAAUUUUUGAAUCAAAUGAAUUUUCUUCAGAAAAAUCAAAAUCAACUUUAACUUCUUUACUUCAAAACAAUUUAUUUUCUUCCUUUGACAAUUAUUCAAAUAAUUUAAUUAAUAAACUUAGAAAAUUGAAAGAAAUUGUAAAUGAAGAUAAUUUUGUUUUAUCAAAUUUUAUUAAUGAACAGUUCAGAUUGUGUCUUUUCUAUUGGAGUUUAGGACUUUUUGAACUAGCCUUGACGGAGUUGGAUUCAUUAACUAGCUUUUUUGCUGAUUCAAUUCGUGCUUUGGCUCAGAAAAAUGAUUCAGCAUUAAAUUCAAUAAAUUGGUUAAAACAAUUACGCCCUCUUCCAUUAGAUAAAUGUUGUAUUCUCUUAAAUCAACAACUUUAUAACUCUUCUAAUGAUGAUUGGCAAUUGGUUAGAAUACAUGCACAUUUACUUUCACAUCAAAUUCUGCUUUCUGCAAGUCUACUCAGCCAUAGAUUAAACUUAGCAAAUACCCCCUCCUCCUCAACACAACAACAUUCACAAGAAAAUCAAAAUAUACAAACAAAUCAAGUUUUAGCAAUUAAAGGACUAUCAGAAAUACACUCAACAACUUCAAAUACAACAAUAACAACAACAGAUUCUUCAGCAAUUUCCUCCUCUUCUCUACAACCCCUUUCACAACCUUCCUCUACUACAACAACUUCUCAAUUAAAUACUUUACAACUUCGACACGAUUGUAUUUCAACAGUUUUAAAUUUAUCUAGAGAAACAUUUCAACGUUUAGAAGAAGAUUUACACAUUCUUUCAACAAAUUUUAAUUCUUUCCAUUUAAAUUUAAUUUUUAUUUUUUGGCAAGAAGAAAUUAUUAAAUUUGUUGAAUAUUUACUUUUUUCUUCGGUUGAUUAUGAAUUGGAAAAUAAAAAUUCUGUUUAUGAUGAAUUGGUAGUGAUGGAAUCUGCUAGUGCUUCUAAUGCUGCUUUUCUUUUGCAUAAGAAAGUUGAAGCACUUUACAAUUUGUACUUGCUACUUACAAAUACUAAAAAAAGUCAAGAGGUUACACUUGUUAGGCGAUGGUUACAACAAACUUCAUUGCCUUUAUCAACAGAAGAUGACACUAAUAAUAUUUUUAUUCCCGAAUCUUUUCGAAUUUUGAACGAUUUUUUCUGUAAUUCAAAUACAGAUUUGGAAAAAUUUAGAAUUUAUGUAAUCGAGGAAUUGUCUGAAGCUUUAAAUAUUUUCAAGAAGCAUAACUGGAUGGGACAUGUUGUUAAUUUGGAAAAUUGUAUUUCCACAAUUUCAAAGUUUUUUUUUCUAAUUUUUUUGAUUUUACAAUUGCUAAAAUUUUUAUUUUUUAGUAAUUCCAACGAAGAUUUAUAUAACCGAGAGAAGCAACAUUUAAAAAAACUUUUGUCAGGUGAUUCAUUAUUUCAAGUACAAGAGGUUGUUGACUAUUUGAAAAAUUUUUUGAAUGACUAUACAGAUCGUGCUGUUGAACAUUCAGACAGUGAAUUGUUAUUUGAUUGCAUACUUGUUCUCCUAACAUUAUUAAAAAAUUCAGUGACUGAUGAAUUUCAUGAUUACUUGUCUAAAUUAACAUCUCAGGAAAGAAUAAGAAAUAAUAUCUUUUGGUUAAAUUACAACAAUCAAAUAGGUUCUUCUUCAUAUCGUCCAUUUAUUCCAUUUCCAUUAAAAAUUAUCAGAAUAUGUUCACCCCCACUUUUUCGCUCUACAUUGCAUUCACCUUCAGAGCUUAUUUUGGAUAUUUACAAUUCUUUUAAUUUACAAUUUUCUAAUUGUAAAAUUAAAACAAUUUUUAAAAAAUUAAUUAAAACCAAAUCUAACAACCAACAACUUCCUUUAACUAAAAAAUUUGCUUUUCAACAAAAAUUACAAAUUGAAGAGAAUGAAAAUAUUUAUUCGUUGGAAUGUGUUGUGUGUACUAAAGAAGAAGAAAAAUUAGAAAAUAAUAAUAAAAAUGGAGAAAUUUUAAAUGAAAAUGUUGAUUGUAUUAUUGUUGAUGGAGAUGUUGAUUUAAUCGUUCCAGGCGUUAAUAAGUGUAUAUUUAAAAUUAAUGUAUGUUGUAAGUUCAAUAAUAUUUUUAAUAAACUUUUUACAAUUUGUAAACUUUUUUCCUUUUACAAUUCCACCUUUUUACAAUUUGUAAAAUCGAAAGAACUUUUUACAAUUUGUAGAAGGUUUAAAACUUUUUACAAAUUGUAA